CCCGGCAUUAUCAAAUAAACCUCCGGGGCGAGUGGCGCCUACGUCGCGCCGCGGCACAGCACCGCAGCACGCGGCGGGCCCGCGCACCGCUCGCGGCUCGCCGCGCGACAUGGACGACAUGCCGGACCUGUCGCACCUCACGCCGGAGGAGCGCGCCAUCAUCGAGGGCGUCAUAAUGCGCCAGCGACAAGAGGAGCAGCGAGAGCACGAGAUUAUGAGACGUAAACAAGACGAAGUAGCGGUACUCGAGCAGACUAUUCGUACCAGAAACGAAAUGCACCGAGCAGCCGGGGUGGAGCUAGCCGCCACGUGCCACAUCUGUCUCAAGACCAAGUUUGCGGACGGCGUGGGUCAUUCGUGUCACUACUGCAGGGUGAGGUGCUGCGCCCGUUGUGGCGGAAAGGUCACCUUGCGCUCCAACAAGGUUAUAUGGGUUUGCAUACUCUGUCGCAAAAAACAAGAACUGUUAUCAAAAACCGGCCAAUGGAUACACAAAAGCGCCGGUCAAGAUUCAAUGCUGUGGCAGAUGGAGUCCGAUUUGAGAGGUUUACCUCCUCAGGGAGAAACUUCUAUAGAUAAACGGCCGAAGUUAGAGAGGGCACAUAGCGCCGCAGAGAAGGAGAACCUACCCUUGCAGAGGUCGGGGAGUGCGCUGCGGCGGCAGUACAGUCAACAGGAGGCGCGGUGUUACGGGGAGUUGGAGGGGCUGGCCCGGACUCAUCCGCACCUCGUGCAUCCGAGGCAAAAGGCGGCGUACGGGGUCGAGGAUGCGGGCCUGGGGCCGGCCGGGCACGCGCAACUGCUACCGCCCCUGGGGCCCGGCCUCCCGCUGCCGCCGCGCUCGUCCUCGUCCGACGACGAGGCGCCGGAGUGCGUGUCCGACGAGAACGACGAGUACCGCGACCGUGGACAACUCGAAGCGUGUUCGUCCCUGCGGCACGCGCACCUGCGCGGCGCCAGCGUCGCCGCCAACAAUUAUUACAAUUUGACUAAUCAUUCCCCGGCCGAGUACUUGCCGGAGGCCGCCCGGGGCGCGCCGGCCGGCGGCCGUAGCUUCGACUCGGUGACGGACUGCCGCUGGCGCGCGCGCGACGACGGCGAGGGCUCGUACCUGCGGCCCUACGCGCCGGACGGGGGCCCGCGUCCCGACCGGGCCGUGUAUAAGAGUGCCUAUCUGUGGGAAGACUCCUCCGAUAACAGACGGUUCACCGAGAGGAGAAAAAAAACUGUACGCUUCGAUGGACACGAAGGUGCUGCGACGUUUCCUCGGGGCGGCCGCGACGCCUCGGGCGCGCCGCACGACUGGGCGUCGUUGCGCUGGGAGGCCGAGCGGCAGACCAGCCAGGACUCCGCCACCAAAGACUCGGGCAUCGAUACCUCUAGCACUUUUACUUCCAGCGAAGACUCGAACAGGGGUGAUUGCCCUAAGUUUCCACUGAACUGGCAAGUGUCGCCUGAUGGGACACGUAUGAUUGGGCACAUGGUUCUCCGCAAGAGCGUGGUGGAAGGCAGUUCCCACUCUUCGGCAGCGAUCCUCGGGCUGAAGGUGGUGGGAGGGAAGAUACUGCCGGACGGAACGCGCGGAGCCAUCGUCGAGAAAGUCAAGAAAGGUUCCAUCGCGGACUUAGAAGGGCAGCUAAAAAUAGGAGAUGAAGUCCUGCAAUGGAACGGCGUCCCGCUACAAGGUCGCGGCGCAGACGAGGUGGCUGCAGUGGUCGCGAACAGCAAGCACGACUCGCACGUCGAGCUCGUGGUGUCGCGGCCGCUGGCGCCAUCCCGCCCACCCGUGCAAUGUUGGAGAGCUCACAAAGAAGUGUACUCCGAUAUGAUGAUGGGUGGGUGCGAGAAGCCGAGCGUGCUGGUGACGUCACCCGGCUCGCCAGACGUGCACGCGCGGCGCCGCUCUGCGCGCCAGAACUACCACAACGUCAGCGUGUCGGGCCGCAUACAGUUAAAAGUUUUCUUCGACAUCCCGGCUCUCCAACUGCUAGUGACCGUGGUAUCGGCUACAGGCCUCUGUCCGCGGUCCGAUGGCUCGCCUCGAUGUCCAUACUCCAAGAUCUUCCUUCUUCCCGACAAGAGCGAGAAAAGCAAACGCCGCACCAAAACCCUUGCGAACACACUGGAACCGAGGUGGAACCAAACGUUUGUGUACUGCGGCAUACGGAUUUCAGAUCUCAAAAAACGAACUCUAGAGGUCACUGUGUGGGACUUGAAUCGCUACGGCCCCAAUGAUUUUCUGGGCGAGGUGUUACUCGACCUUGACUCCGUUAUAAUGAAUCAAGAAGCUAAUUGGUACUUGCUGAAACCACACGAGGAAAUUCCUGGAUAUAGCCGCUACCGGGACGACGAUGUGGAUGGGGAGCAUCUGUCUCCGCCGUCCACAUCCACGUCUCGUCUCUCUGACUCCGACACCCCGAGCGAGUGCGACCUGCGCCGCCACCACUCACUCUCCAGCUUGGCCUCUAGUUCCAGUCCGCCGCCACCGCACGAAAUCGAAGAGACGCGUUGCAGUAGACGGGACAUGUCGCCGGCUGGACGAGUGAGGACGGCGGGCAUGUCGCGGGAGCGGAGCGGAUACGUCGCUCGGUCGCAGUCGGCGGCGGGCGGGCGCAGUGCGUCGCCGAGGCGCUCGCUGUCGCCGCCUGGCUCCGCGCCGCGCUACGCAGUGUGCGAGGAGCGGGACGCGGCGCGGCUGCCGACGCACGCGUACGCGCCGCGCUUCCAGUCGCGCUCGGCUACCGCCACCCCCACCACCAGCCCCAAGAAGAGGCAGCUGCCCCAAAUACCGCACCAGAGUGGGCAAAGAGCGAUGCGCGCGCAGGUGUCGGCGGAUCUUGAAGAACGUAAGUGGAUCGCCCCGCACCACAUUGGCGCCACACUCACCUACCGCAGCACGCCACAAGGGUGGGAGAGACACUAUGCGGGGUUGUCGGACUCAGAAUUGGCAGCGCGCGGCGGAGGCUGGGCGCCGCGACGCCGCCUCUCGCCGGACGCGGCGGCCGCGGACUCGGACCUCGAGUCCGUCGCCUCCGUCACCUCUAGUGCGUUCAGUACGCAGUCCGAAAGGCCACGUCCCACGAGGAUGCUAAGCCGGAUGCAAACGCUUCCCGUUUACAGCACUUCUUCCUUUUGCGAAAGCUUUGCCCCCGCCCUUGAAUGUUACUAUAAGGAGGCGGCGGUUGGGGAAAUCUUCAAUAUUCACAACUCACUAUCGCAAAGUUAUAUAUCCCCGACGUUUACAACACACCUAGCACGCCCCAACCGCCGCCUACGUCGCCUACUCUCCCGAAGUCGUUCUGCUGGCGCCUACCCCAAAGAUUCCACACCCUUACUUGCUUAUGACAGAGGUAGUAGCUAUUCCGAAAGUUCCGAACAAAUCUGUGAUUACUAUACAGGAAAUGAUGCAUUCGAAAGUAUCAAAUUUAAACAUUCUAAAAGUUUCGAAAGCUAUAUAAAUUCUUUUAAAGAGAAACCUUUAAAAAUUCGCCACAAGCAUCGCGCGAAAAGAAAGUCACAAUCGCAGUCUAGUCGCUAUCAUGGACAUAGCGAAGUAGACAGUAAGAACUAUUAUCAAUUUGAAAAAAACAGAGGUCCUCAUCAAAGCAAAUUAAUAAAAACUGGUUACCGUAAUAAACUUCACACAAAAAAACAUCCGGAUACUGUCUACUAUAACGAGUCUAAUGGUAGACGUGAUAUUAAUAUACACAAUAUUUCAUCAGAAAUAGAGAACAAGGAAGAUAAUAACCAUCACUUCCACGGUUAUGCUAGUGAUGAUAGUAUAGCUGAAACUACAAUACAUAUUAGUCUUGAUAGACAAUAUAGUUUAGAUAACGAUGGCCUCCAAGGGCAAGCUAAAAAACAAAGCGAUGCUAAUAAUAGUUUCGAAGCUUAUUCUCUGAACAACAAUCGUAAUGCAAAAAAUAUGGAAGCAAAUUAUAAAGAUGUUGAAAAAUUCAAUUACGAAUUUGAUGGCUACGAAAAAAGCAAACAAAUUGGACAAAACGCGAAGUACAAAAGGUAUUACGAUAUUUCACCACCUAGACUUUUAAACCCAUUAUCACCUGAAGAAAAAGAAGCUAUGUUUACAAAACUGUACAUUUCCAGGCACCCUAAAAAAGGUUUAAUACAAACAGACGUUAACCAAGAUGAAGAACUAUUAGCAUGGGACGGGCAUGUAAAAAGACUUCCUAAAAUUCCAACAUAUAAUGGACAUUAUUCCCAAAACUCCUUUUCUCACUAUCCUAACUUAGUUAGAACAUUUGAACACCCAUUGCCACCUAACAUUAACGCUUACUCUCAAUCACCUCCAUACGCAAGUAAUCACGUAGAUCAAGAGUAUAGUAAAAUGGCUAAUUCUUUGUCUGUCGGUCUUUCUCCCACGAACCUCGGCUCGCCCCGUGGUGUGCUCACAUCCGUCGCCCCGCACUUGCCAUCCGAUGACACACAUCAUAACACCACCGAAGCGACGACGUAUCUGCCUUCUGCUGCUGACUCGACUCGUGACGAACCGAAAACAUCAAACACAUCCAACGAGGAGCGACAUGAUACGUCUACUGCCGAAACUGACGACACACGGCCCAAAACCAUCAAUUCACCUGAUGUGGAAUGCAGCAAUGACUACGGAGGGCGAGAGAACGGCCGGAAUCACAGUCAACAGCCGACGCUCGAGAGGCGGGAGUCUCGACGUGGACAGUUCACUCGUAGUCUCAGCAACACUGAUGCUCCUGAUGAAAAAACAGAUGGCAGUCUCAGCGACACAGCGCUCGGUGGAAACAUUGAAAUAGAGCCUGUUACCGACGACUCCCUUCUAAAAGCUGAACCGAGAGACUUCUUCGGCCCUGGCAUGGGAAAGAAGAGCAACUCUACGUCUCAACUCUCCGCCACAGGGAGAAAGAGACGGUUAGGUUUCGGUAAACGUGGGAAAAAUUCGUUUACGGUUCAACGCAGCGAGGAAGUGGUGCCCGGGGAAAUGCGGCUCGCUGGCGUCUCGCGGGCCUCUUCUGCGUCAAGCGAAAACGACGACGAAAGGUGGUCUCCUGGAAUGCGAGGAUCAGGGUCUUCCGAUGGGACUGGCUUUUCAGAAUUCGUCGAUGGGUUGGGCCCAGCGCAGCUUAUCGGUAGACAUAUCCUUGGCUCACCUCCUUUAGGGGAUAUUCAGCUCUCAUUGCGGUUUCAGAAAGGAUUUCUUGAGGUGGAGGUAAUUCGGGCUAGGGGGUUACAGGCAAGGCAAGGCAGCCGCUCGAUACCAGCACCAUACGUCAAAGUGUACUUAGUGAACGGUAAAAAAUGUUUCGCCAAAGCGAAAACGAACACUGCGAGAAGAACGUUGGAUCCACUAUACCAACAAACACUUACUUUUAGGGAAAAUCUUCCAGGAUGUAUUCUACAAGUAACCGUUUGGGGAGAUUACGGUCGCUUAGAGGGUAAAAAAGUGUUCAUGGGAGUGGCGCAGAUUGUGCUGGACCAACUCAAUCUCGCUAACAUUGUCAUCGGAUGGUACAAGCUCUUCGCAACCACGGCACUGGUAGGCGAAAACGUUGCACCAGCCACUAUUUCAUCAGUGCAACAGUAACCAAGGUGCAGCAGUGGCUAGUGUGUUCGACGAAGCUAUAUCUGACACUAUAAAAAAAAUUAACUUUGUCCAAACAAUACAUUUAGUGAUACUGCUUUAAUAUCAUAAUAAACUGCAAAAAAAAAAUAUCUUGAACAUAGGAAAUUUUCUAUAAAUCGAAAGUUAUAUGUAAAUGAUUUGUAUUUUUAUUUUCUUUUUGGAAUGCCUACCGGAGUUUUGAAUAGAUAGCAUUUUAUAGCAAGAAAAUAAAAUGUAUAGUGUACUCAAUAAUAUUAUGUAAUUAAGUAUUAAAAGCCAAAUACGAA